CAAGGUGCUAGUUGCCUUGAAUAACGAGUGGAUAGAUAUCGAGCAUGCUGAAGCUUCAGCAUAUCUACGUCCGCAGCACGAGUUAAAGAGAGAGCCUCUUUUACAGUGUAUAAUCGACUGUGUCUUUCCAAAGGCACUGCAGAAGAUACUUAAGCAGAUCGAGCUAAUGCGAGAGGGUACUAAUUCGGCAUGCUACGGCAAUUUUGAGGACUCCAUAGGCCUCCCAUGUGCCCACACGCUGAAGCAGAUGACGCUGAAUGAGCAGUGGAAGCUACCCCUGAGCGAUAUUCACCCAUAUUGGCGCCUGGAAACACCUACUGCUAACAAUGACCCCAUAUUAGCCAUUCAGAACUUCAUCCCACACCGUCGUCGCGGCCGCCCACGUGCUGGGCAGAACUCAACACCAUCCAGCACUCGCCCGCGUGCAAGCACGCAGAGAGAGCCUUCACAAUUUGAGGUGGCUGAGCAGGCGGAUCGGGCCACUCAACAGCGUGCCAAGCGUACACGGACGAAGAAGGCAAAGGAGGACGCUUCACUGCAGGCGCAGCUGGCAGAGCUGAAGAAAAUAAUGCUCGAGCAACAACAGCAGCAGCAGCAGCAGCAGCAACUAUUGCUACAACAGCUUCAGCAGGUGGAGGAGGAAGAGGAGAUAACCAGGACAGUUACACGCAAGAGGAAGCGUACAACUACAACAACACGUCCAGUGGCCAAGAAGCAACAGCAGCAGCAGGAGGAUGAGCCAAUCACCGUUAGCAGCAGCAGCAGCAGCAGCAGCGAGGACGACUGCAACACCAUGGAGGAGGAUGGAGAUACUGCCUUCAGCAGCAGUGCGGUACCCUCGGUGGGCAGGGAGAUGCCAGCACGUGCGGGGCGUGGGCAGAACAAGCAUCGGCAGCGUGACUGCUGAACACGUGAUGGAGCGAGCUGGCGGCGGAGGAGGCCGCGGGAGCGCUCGCGCGCGCGAAAAAGCGACGUUUGUAACAUGUAAUAACUUGCCUCUUCGCGUGCCGCGCUGUGACAGUGAGGUUGGAGAUAUGGAAUUUUUUGGUUGAUUUUUGGUGUAAAAUGAGGGGUGCUAGUUCCUGUUC